AUGGAUCCAAGCCAAAGCCUCCAGUCCAUCCUCAAUCCUAGUCCAUCUAGGCUUCCAGGUCCUUGCCUACUGCAUCGGCUGGUAACGGCUCCCUGUGAGUCAGAGGCGCUGAAUCAUCUCGACAACGGUUCUCGUACAUCCUACUCCUAUCACGACCUUCAUCGCGCUUCCGACGCCAUUGCCAACCGACUUGCCAGUGUUUCCAGAGAUCCGGAGACCCAGUUUGUCGUACCCGUUCUUAUACACCAGUCUCCUACUCUUUACAUCACCUUGCUCGGAAUCCUCAAGGCUGGCGGAGCCUUUUGCCCUCUCAACACAGACGCACCACCAGAGAGGCUCAAAUUCAUCUUUCAGGAUGUGUCUGCCAAGGCCGUGCUGGUUUCCAAAGACCUGGCAUCCAAAAUACCCCCUGACUAUGCGGUGGAAGUCAUCGUCGCGGAUUCAGUCGAGAUUUUCCCUCCUGAACACAUAAAGCCAGAAGCCGCUGUCAAUGUUAACGCCGACGAUUUAGCCUAUGUCAUGUACACCUCUGGCUCUACCGGGACACCAAAGGGCGUUGGCAUAUCUCAUGACGCUGUUACCCAGUCAUUGCUUGCGCACGACCUCCAUGUACCGUCGUUUUCUCGCUUCCUGCAAUUUGCAGCACCGACAUUCGAUGUGUCUGUCUUUGAGAUCUUCUUCCCGUUAUUCAGAGGGCAGACCCUCAUUAGUGUGCGGCGGUCUGAUCUUCUCAGCAAUCUCCCGGCCGCGAUCCGGGACAUGAAUGUUGACGCUUGUGAACUAACACCCACUGUUGCCGGGAGCCUCCUCAGGAGCCGGGACAAAGCACCCUCUCUCAAGCUGCUAUUAACCAUUGGCGAGAUGCUCACGGAGCCGGUUAUCCGUGAGUUUGGCGGUAGCCCGGACAGAGCUGGCAUCCUCUGGGGCAUGUAUGGCCCUACUGAAGCCACGAUACACUGUACACUGCAGACAUCCAUGUCCGCUAGCUCUAGUGUGCGGAACAUUGGCUUCCCACUUGACACCGUGUCAUGUUUCGUGGCACGUCCGGCGGACAGCACAGCUGGCGAUAAUUCAUUCGAAGUCCUCCCUCAGGGCGAGGUGGGCGAAUUGGUUGUCGGUGGCCACCAGCUUGCUGCUGGCUACCUAAAUCGCCCGGAGCAGACGGUCGCGACGUUCAUCUCCACACCUUAUGGCAGGCUGUAUCGGACUGGAGACAAGGCCCGCCUUCUCACUGAUGGAACCCUUGAAUGCCUGGGGAGACUGUCAGAUGGCCAGGUCAAGCUGCGUGGACAGAGGCUUGAGCUGGGCGAAGUGCAGCAGGCUAUCCUCCGCACCCCUGGCUGUCAUGGGGCUGUGGUAGUUGUUCAAGACUCUAUCCUUGUUGCCUUCUGCUCUGUCGACUCAGAUGUAUCGGAAGAGUCCAUCUACCGGGAAUGCGGCAAAUGGCUCCCGCAGUACAUGAUGCCUGGAGAGGUUGUCCUCAUGGACACGUUUCCAAGCCUGCCAAGCGGCAAGGUAGACAAACGAAAGCUUAUAGCCGGCUUUCUCCAGCAAAAGGAGGAAGAUAGGGUCCACAUUGGCGCCGAUGAGCCAGCCGAUAUUCCGACUGAAUUGAAAUCAAUCGUGAGCAGCAUCUUGGACAUGCCUGUUGAUGCUCGGACUUCUCUAUCUGCCUCCAGCCUGGAUUCGUUGUCGGCAAUCAGGAUAGCAUCGUCUCUAAGAGCGGCUGGAUUUGAAGCCAGCAUUGGAAUACUUAUGGAAGCAAAGUCAGUUUCUGAUCUUUGGACUCUACUCCAAAACUCCAGGAAUACGUAUCCAGGACAGGGACCAGUUCCUGAUAUAAGCCUCAUGAAGGAUUGGCAGGAGAUUGUGUCUGAAUUACCAUCUUUGGAGAGUUUUUCUGAUACGCUUCAAGAUGUUAUUCCUUGCACGCCCCUUCAGACAACAAUGCUCUUCGAAACAUUGCAAAACCCUGAAGUAUAUUGGAAUGACGUGGAGCUAGAGGUGGCGGCGGAUGCGCAGAUCGUGGUGUCUGCGCUGCGUCAGGUGGUCAAAUCCAAUGAAGCCCUCCGCACCAGUUUUACGCUGUGGAAGAGCGGCUUUAUCUCGCUCGUGUUUAAGGACCUUAUAGGAGAGUGCCUUCACGUCGUUGAUGAAUUUGAGUCAUUUUCCACUAAGAAACAUGCCGAUGGCCUACUCCAGCCUUUGAAAGUCCAGAUCAGGCCCCCUCGAGACAACGACAAAAUCACAAGAAUACUCGUACAAAUCCAUCACGCAGUAUACGAUGGCUGGUCCAUGGAUAUACUGCGUGCAGAUCUGGCGACCAUUCUCCAGGGUUCGCAGCCAUCCGAGAAGCCCCAGUUCCGCAAAGUAGCAGAGUUCUCCCACGCUCUGAUCAACGACGAUAGCGCCGUCUCUCAGGGAAAGGCCUUUUGGGCCGAUCACUUGCUUGGAUGGGUCAAGACCCCUUUCCCCAAAUUUCUCGAUGGAGCUGUCAAGGAAUACGAUACUCUCGUCACCAAUGCAUACCUUCCUGUAGACCUCUCUCAAGUGGAGGUCAUAUCCCGGAAGUUAGGGUACAGCGUGCAAUCUUGGCUUCAGACCUCCCUAGCCGUAGUCUGGAGCGGCAUCCUUGGAACCAAGGACGUUGUCUUCGGAUCAGUUACAUCUGGGAGAGCCAUUCCAGUCCCUGGAAUCGACCAGAUCAUUGGCCCUUGCAUCGCGCCUCUGCCUCUUCGAGUCAAUUUGGAUUCCAUGACUGAGGUAUCUCAUAUUCUUAACCAUAUCCAAGCGACCAACAAUCAAAUUUUGAAGCUCCCACCGCUGCCUCUAUCAGAGAUCCGAAAGGUCACCAACCUGCAACCGGGAGAUGCCAUCUACGAUGUGCUGUUUGUUUAUCAGCAAUCCCCCGAGAGUGGCGCUCCAGAGGGCAAUAUUGUCAAAGAACGGCAUCAUAGAGAUCGCCUCGAGACUCGGCUUCUCGUUGAGAUUGAUCCCCAAAAAGAUGGGUUUGGCAUACAGGUGACCUAUCGAUCAGACAGUAUGUCUUCGGCUAUGGUCCAAUGUCUAAUUGAGCAAUUCAAGGACAUCUUCCAGAAAGUUAUCGACAACCCAAGAGACAACCUGGUAUCGUUGAGCCGGUCACUCUCUGUGCAACAGUCCAUAAAUAACCAGCUCCACACACAAUUUAAAGGGAUACCAGACCUGGCUUCAAUGGUUGAGACGACAGUUUCCGCUCAUCCAGACUCCCCUGCAAUCUGCUUUGCAAGUUCGGCAGUCGACGGUAGCCUUAAAUUUGAGACGACUUCGUAUCAAGAGCUCAACCGACUGAGUAAUCGAAUUGCUCGCUAUUUGCAGAAACGAGGAGUCCAGCCUCGGUCAGUGGUAGGAAUCAUUAUGGAGAAAUCCGUUGUGCUCUAUGCCUCUAUUCUUGCCGUUGUCAAGGCCGGUUGCGCAUAUCUCCCCAUCCUACCCACUACGCCGAUAGGCCGCAUCCAAAGUGUUUUCGAUCAGGCUGAAGUAAGAUAUUGUCUCACGGAUGGGUCGUCUCCUGUUACGUCAAGUCAAUUGCAUGAACUUCAGCUCAUCAACAUCAACGAUGUAUCGCUUUCCGAAUUUCAAGACGACAACCUGCACACCGUUGUUGAUGGAUCCAGAAUUGCUUAUGUCAUUUAUACCUCAGGAACCACUGGGGCGCCGAAGGGCGUUGCGGUCACUCAGCUCAACAUUGCCAGCAAUAUCAGCAACCUUGCAGGUGUAUACCCGACGGGUUCCGCUCCUCAGGCCCGUUUACUUCAGCUAUGCUCCCAGGCGUUUGAUGUAUCGGUAUUUGAGAUAUUCUUCGCAUGGCACACGGGCAUGUGCCUUUGCUCUGGAACCAACGACACCCUUUUCAAUGACCUGGAACAUGCUAUCAGAGAGUUGGACAUCACUCACCUGAGUUUGACACCUACGGUUGCAUCCCUGAUAGACCCGUCAACCGUGCCAUCGGUUGAGUUUCUUGUCACAGCUGGUGAGCCCUUGACGCAGGCUGUUCUUGAUAAAUGGAGUGACCAGCUUUGGCAAGGUUAUGGACCUUCCGAAACCACCAACAUCUGCUCUGUCAAGAAGAUGGCUCUUGGAAUGCCCAUUGAGAAUCUUGGACGAACGCUCUCCAACACCUCCGUCACUGUGAGGUACCCCGAUGGUAGUGGUGUUGUACCAAUUGGCUGGGUCGGCGAAUUCUGGAUUGGAGGAGAGCAGGUGGCCCAAGGGUAUCUUAACCUGAACACCCUCACUGCGAGCCACUUUGUCCAUCAUCCCCAACUUGGUCGCGUUUAUCGUACUGGCGACAUGGGUCGCAUGCUUCCCGACGGCUCUUUGGUAAUUCUCGGUCGCCUCGAUGAUCAGCUCAAACUCCGCGGUCAGAGAAUCAACCCCAAGGAGAUCAACAGCGUUGUCACCUCGGAGUACACUGCAACUGCAGCUGUGACCAUGAUAGCCACCCGGGGUAGUAAUGCACCUGAUCAACUUGUUACGUUCUAUGUUCCAGCAGAAGAGACAUGUGGCGAUGGCGCCCUUGAGCCGGAUACUGCGUCUAUCUGCCUCUUGUUCUCAGUUGCACGAUCCAACCUACCGCCCUACAUGGUUCCGUCCUAUCUUAUACCAAUCUCGAAGAUACCCUUGACCUCCAGCGGAAAAUGGAACAAGGCAGCCCUUCAGAAGUUGUUUUCAGACCUUGAUACAUCCUACCUUGACAAGGUUGCGCCCCCGUCUGAUGAUAUAGAGGAUUCCGCCUCCGAAUGGUCAGUCACCGAGACACUGAUAUCUGAAGCCAUCGUUGAGAGCAUGCGUUUUCCGGCAUCUGAAGUCAACAGGUGGACGCCAUUUCCCAAUUUUGGCAUUGACUCCUUGACGGCCAUUGGAGUAGUGCAGAUUUUGGGCAAGAAGAUUGGACACCAGAUUCCUGUUUCUCUUGUUAUACAAAAUUCGACCAUUGCUCAACUCGGCCGCUCCAUAGAUGAGCGCAUGGCACGUACCGUGCUGCCGAAUUCAUUGGAGAUAUUUCCCAAGGAAUUCAUUGACACCGUCCGCUCCGAAUUUUACAAGGAAUCCAAACAAGUCGAAUCUAUACUCCCUUGCACUCCUCUUCAGGAGGCCAUGUUGGCCGGAGGACAGCAAAGCUAUUACAACAAGGUCCUUCUACGGCUCAAGGUCGACGAUGACAGGAUGCGAAGCUACUGGGGAGAGAUGGUCCGUCGCCAUGGGAUUCUUAGAACUUGCUUCGUGACCACGACAGAUGCCAGGUAUUCUAUGGCACAGGUCGUUCUCCAGGAUUGGCAGCUACCGUGGGAGUCCUUCAAGGUCCGCACUCCCUCGUUUGACGAAGUUGUAGAGAAGCAUCUUAGUCUCCUCCCGCCUCCCGUCGACCACAAAUCUCCGCCGAUCUCUCUCGCUGUUCUUCAGUACCGGGAUUCAACCUUCCUUUCUUUCAUCUGCCACCAUGCACUUUAUGAUGGUAUCGCCAUGAGCAACCUUUGGAGGGAGGUAGAGUCCCUCGCCAACGGUGUUCCUCUGCCUCGCCCCAUUCCAUACGAGCCUUUCUUGAAGGAGAUGGUGAACUUGCCGCGUGACACUGAACAAUUCUGGAAGUCUAAGCUUCACGGGUUCAACCCGUCCCGGCUCUUCUCGACUUCUCCGGCUGGGAAGUUUGACCAGGCUGUUCAUACCAAGACUCUCAAAAUACCAGCCGGAGAGUUGUAUGCACGCUUGAGAACCCAGGGAGUAUCGCUACUUUCAAUUUGCCAGGCUGCAUGGGCAAACACAAUAUCACUUGCCUAUGACUGCCCCGAUGUUUGCUUUGGAAAUGUUGUCAGCGGACGAAGUGUUGGCGUCGAGGGAAUCGAGAAGCUGGUGGCCCCGUGUUUCAACACAAUCCCACUAAGGGCUGAUCUUUCCAACAUGCCCCAUGGUGGCAGCCUAGUCAAAUACUUUUAUCAGCUCAAUUCAGAGGUCAUGAAGUAUCAGUUCACACCACUGCGCCUGGCACAGAGGGUUUCUGGCCAGCAAGGAAAGGGACUCUUUGAAUCUCUACUUCUCUUGCAAAAUCCCUUGGAAGGGAUGGACGACCGAGUCUGGAUCCUUGAAAGCGAUGCAGGUGACAUGGACAUCCCACUCGUGUGUGAGGUAGUCCCUUGUCCCAGCCUGGAUAGCCUAGUUAUCAGCAUGCACUAUGACAUGCAUGUCAUGGACCCGAGCACAGCCACCGGAAUCGCCGAGUUGUUUGAGUACGUGCUGGAAUCGAUUCUCGACCACCCGUUCGCAGCAUUGUCCCAGAGGCAGAAACUGCCCUCAAGCUUGAAAAAAGGCCUCAGCGGACUUCGCCGGAGAGAAAGGACCAAGUCUUCGGAAAUCGAGAGUGCGGCUUCCGAGAACUGGUCUGAGAUUGAGCAGACAAUCCGGCAGAUAUUUUCCGAUCUCUCUGGAAGGUCAAAGUUCAGGAUUGCCCGACAUACAACCAUCUACCAGCUUGGCUUGGAUAGCAUCAACGCCGUUCAGCUUGCGUCGAUACUCCGAGGACAAGGCAUGGAUGUUUCUGCUUCUGAUGUCAUCGAAUGCCCCACCUGUGCAAGGCUUGGUGAGAUUAUUUCCAAUCGCGCCCCGGGAGGAAAGCCACCGAUGGAGAAUGCGUACAACUUCCAAGCAUUUGCACAGGCUGUGGCCGGGGAUGUCAGAGCUCAAGUACCUUCCGACUUACAAAUUGAGACAAUACUCCCUUCCACACCUAUGCAAUGCGCAUUCAUGACGGCGUUUACUCAAUCGGGCGGUCAACACUAUCUCAAUUUCAUGACCUAUGACUUCUCAGAUAGCUUCACCAUAAAGGAUGCCACACAUGCAUGGCAACGUUUGCAUCGCCACCAUCCCAUGCUGCGAACGGCUCUUGUUCCCGUUCCACACCCUGAUUCAACGUUUGCCAUGUUGACAUACUCCCCCGAGUCACUCAGUCCCCCUAUAACUGCAUUCAGUUCUGCUGGUGUGGAACAGGGAGAUGUCAACCGUUGGCUCGAGAGCGCCAGGAAGGAUAUCAUUGAAAGGCAGCAUUUACCUCCCUGGCAUGUCCUCAUAUACGAGACCGACGAUCGCUUGAGCAUGAGGAUCCUCAUGCACCAUGCCCUCUAUGAUGCUACUUCCCUUGAGGCUCUGCUCAGAUGCUACUCUCAGGCUCUCUUGAAUCAGAACAUGGAUAAGAUUCCGAAUAUUAAACGGGGUCUCGGGGCAAUUCUCACCAAGAGCGUUAGGGACAAUGAAGCCUCUGAGCCGUUUUGGAAGGGUUUGAAGGACAGUGCAGUGGUGAACAAGUUUCCUGUCAUGACACCACUGCGCGAGGAAAACGAUGUACUUGAAGUGCAAUCGCUCCGAUCUUCAGUGACGUUUCAAGCGCUCCGAACAGCGUCUGAAGAUGCAGGCUACUCGAUCCAGGCCAUCAUCCAAGCUGCGUGGGUUCGCCUUCUCUCGUCAUACUUGGGAGAGGCUUCAGUCAUUUUCGGCAUGACGUUUUCCGGUAGGACGGAUGAAGAAACCGCAGAAGCUCCAUUUCCUUGCGUUGUUACUUUGCCCGUGGUUGCUUCCGAUUCCGAGUCGAACCAUGAGCUCCUCAAUCAUAUGAUGAACCUCAAUUCCCAGAUCCACAAGUACAACCAUGUGCCACUCAGUCAAGUUCAGAAAUGGCUGGGGCACCCGGCUUCCCCAGUUUUUGAUACUCUUGUUUCUUUUCGAAAGACUGACAAAAGCCCGUCUACGACUCCACCUUUCGCUCUCGUGGAUGAAGGUGUCAAUAUUGACUAUCCGGUUUCCCUCGAGAUCGAGACAACCGAUGAGACCGAUACCGUUACUCUGACCCUUAGCCACAAGGUUGAUAUUCUUCCCCGAGAGCAGGCACUAUUGAUGCUGCAGCAAUUCGACAUCACCAUGAAGCAUCUUGCAUUCUCCCCACACGCAAUGGGCGACGAUGUUCAAGACCAAAACCCAACAUCAUUCUCUCAUUUGCCGGCCGAGAUUCCCGAGAUGGCUUGCCCGGUUCAAUAUUUGCAUCAAUUCGUUGAACAGAAAGCCCUGUCACAGCCUAAUUCCAUUGCGUUAGAGUAUACUGAAACUCUUGAUGGAACAUACAUGGCUCGGAAGAAGUCGUGGACGUACAAGGAAUUUGAUGACAUGGGAAACCGUCUGGCCCGGGCCAUCUCAAAAACAGCCAAGCCAGGCAGUAUCGUGGCGAUACAUUUUGGGAAGUGCCCUGAAGCAUAUUUCAGUAUCCUUGGAAUUCUCAAGGCUGGAUGUUCGUUUGUGGCCUUAGACCCAACGGCGCCAGGAGCCAGGAAGAAUUUUAUCCUUCGUGACUCAAAUGCGCCCUGCCUUCUUACUGGAGCUGAAGACGUUAUCGACUUGGAAGCCAACACGCCAGCCGAGAUUAUUCGCAUAUCAGAUGAUUACCUCUUGCAAUUUGGUCCAGAGCGGUUGGAUCUUGGAUACAGUAUCUCUCCGUCGUCCACCUGUUAUUGUCUUUACACAUCUGGCACGACCGGCACGCCAAAGGGCUGCGAAAUUACCCACGAGAACGCGGUGCAGGCCAUGAUGGCUUUCCAACACCUUUUCAGUGGCCAUUGGGAUGCGGAAUCCCGCUGGCUCCAGUUUGCAGCUCUUCAUUUUGAUGUUUCAGUCUUAGAACAAUAUUGGAGCUGGUCUGUAGGCAUCACAGUGGUUGCCGCACCGAAAGAUGUCAUACUCGACGACUUGACUGGUGCCAUCAACAAGCUCGAAAUCACGCACAUUGACCUGACUCCUAGUCUUGCUAGACUUACGCACCCUGAUGAUGUGCCCUCCCUAUGUAAGGGCGUGUUCAUUACGGGAGGCGAGUCACUGAAACAGGAGAUCCUCGACGCUUGGGGUCCGAAGGCUGUCAUUUACAACGCGUAUGGUCCAACAGAGGCAACAAUUGGUGUCACAAUGUACCAGCGCGUUCCAGUCAACGGACGCCCCAGCAACAUUGGGAAGCAGUUCCCGAAUGUGGGCUCCUAUGUCCUCCGGCCUGGAACAGAGACGCCUGUUUUGAGAGGCGGUGUUGGGGAGCUGUGUGUAUCUGGGAAACUUGUCGGAAAAGGAUAUCUUAACCGCCCUGAGUUAACAUCCAAGUGCUUUCCGCAUAUGGACAGCUUUGCCGAGAGGGUCUACCGGACAGGAGAUCUUGUGAGGUUAUUGCAUGACGGAUGUAUUGACUUUCUCGGGAGGGCUGAUGACCAGGUGAAGCUACGUGGACAGCGCCUGGAGAUUGGAGAAAUUAAUCACGCAAUCCGGAGAACUCCAGGUGUCACUGACGCCGCCACGAUUGUUGCAUCGCAUGGUCCUGGGGAAAAAAGCGUUCUCGUCUCAUUCCUUGUUUCUCAGAAGUCGCCUACCCAGUCGACGGAUCUCAAGGUACUUCCUGACGAUGAGGCGCUUGGACCAGAUGCCAAAGAGGCCUGCAGGAAUAGCCUUCCAGGAUAUAUGGUUCCCACAUACUUUCUGCAGAUUUCCUACAUUCCUCUCUCUGUCAAUAAUAAGGCCGAGGUGAAGAAGCUCAAGAGUCUGUUUUCCGAACUAUCUCAUAGUCAACUGAUGGCCAUGACUGCGUCGACCUCCGCGUCACUUUCCAAUGUCAGCCCAGGGACCCAAAGCAAGAUAAUCGACGCACUCUCUGACUUCUGUGGCCUCGGACGACAUGAGGUUACCGGCGACAUGAACAUUUUCGACAUUGGGGUUGAUUCGCUUUCCGCCUUGCGUCUCUCCUCUCUUUUGAAAGCGCGUGGUGUAGCUGAAGCUACUCCUUCUAAGAUCCUGCAAAACCCAACCAUCAAUGAUUUGGUUCAGGUCUUGUCCCGGGGUACGGCUGAUACGCAAGCUCAGGCCAUAAAGGAGUCCCAGCAAGUCCUUCGAGCGUUUGGCCACCGCCACCUAUCGUUUGCAUGCGACGAGCUUAAUGUUACGCCCUCUGACAUUGAAUAUAUCGCUCCAUGCACUCCACUCCAGGAAGGAAUAAUAUCCAAGUCGUUCAUGCUGGAGGGGUCUGGCGCCUACUUCAACACAUUCAGCCUGCAGCUCAAGCUUGAUGUUGACGAGGAGAAACUUCACAAUUCUUGGGCCAAACUCUUUGCAGAGGAGCCUAUUUUUCGGACUGUCUUCCUCAUCACGUCUACCGGGCCCAUCCAAGUGGCCCUGAAGCAAAGAACAGAUGCAUGGAGAAACGUGACUUCAGGUUCCGAGAGCCGAAUGGUUAGCGGAGUAGAUUCGUUACAUCGUGAAUGGCUGAAACGAAACCACAAGCAUGUUCUAGAUCCUCUGCAGCUUAUUUUCACACAAAAUCCGGGCUCCUGCUGCCUUCACGUCAACAUCUUCCAUGCCGUCUAUGAUGGAGUCAGCUUUGACUUGAUACUCUCCAGAAUUGCUGCUUCAAUGACUGGCCAAAGCAUGAGUCGGGGCCCAUCGUUCUUGGAUGCUGCAUCCCUUGGACCGCUGAAGAAUUUCAACUUCUGUCGUGAAUUCUGGGAGGAGCAUCUCAAGGAUUGGCGUCUUUCAACAACUCCCGCCUUGUUUCCAUCUCGCCCAGAGGGUACCUCUUUUGCAACACGGGAACUGUCAGCCUCGAGCAUUGAGAAAAUUCGAGAGAGCCAGCACGCUUCGUUCCAAUCCGUACUUCUUGCCCUCUGGAUAUCAGUCUUGCAACGAUACCAUCCAGCUGGCUUAACGCUCGGUGUCAUUGUCGCUGGGAGAUCUCUUGACCUUGCUGGAAUUGAGCACACCAUUGGGCCCCUCUUUAACACUCUACCAUUCUUCAACCGGACCCUUUCAGGACACACAUGGGCAUCGCUGGUUCAAAAGUGCCAGAGUUACGGAACGGCAGUUUUGCCUUUCCAGCAUGUGCCGCUACAGAAGAUCCAAAAAUGGUGCUCCAGGGGCCAACCUCUAUUUGACACUCUAUUCACUCUUCACGCAGGGCCAGAGGCCCCCGAGAUGCAAACAGGUCUCUGGGAAGUCCUGGAUGGAGUCACUGUCCCUGAUUACCCAUUGGCAAUCGAAGUGACACUCAAGACCGAUGGCUCCAUCCAGGCAUCUCUUGUAUCGCAGGGUCACAUAGCCGAUUCUCAAGGAUUGGGGAAAUUGCUAGACCAGCUGGCAGAUAAUCUUGAGAUCAUGGCAUCCCGCAUUCAAGAUCGCAUUACUGAUGCGGAGAGUAUUUGCGAGUCUUCCGACGAGAAACUGGAGUCAAAUGCGACAGUGCACAAUGAAUCCCCUGAUCCUGUUGCGUGGAGCACUACGGCCAAUGCUAUUCGAGGAGCAGUUGCCUCUAUUGCAGGGGUUGACACGCACGAGAUUGAGUCAACUACAUCGCUUUUGGAACUUGGCCUUGACAGUAUCGACGUCAUGAAACUGGCUGCCAAACUUCGAAGUCUUAAAUACGACAUCCCGGGGUCUCAAAUCAUGCGCCUCCAGACAGUUCCCAAGAUUGCAGUUGCCGCGGAAGAGUCCAUGACGCAGCAGCAGCCGAAAUAUGACGGUAUUGAGGCUACUAAAACCCAGUUAUGGGGGAGGCUCAGUCGCCAAGGCCUUGCCAUGUCUAACUUUGAGACUGUAUUGCCUGCAACUCCUCUCCAAGAAUCUAUGGUAGCUGCAAUGGUGGACUCUGGGUUUUCUCUGUACUUCAACCAUGACGUGAUGCAGAUUGCCGACGGGGUGGACAUGGAGAGACUACAAUCGGCCUGGAAUAAGACAGUUGAGACACUCCCUAUCCUACGGACAGGUUUUGUUCAAGUGGAAGAUCUAGGCCUUGAUGCAACCUACUACCAAGUUGUUUACAAGGAGGGCGCCGAUGUUUGGAGCCACGUCUCUGAGGCAAGCAGCCUCGAUGAUGCCGAAGGAAUAAUCAAGGCAGCUACAAACCGAGCCAAACUCUCCGAGGGGCGUGAAAGCUUGUUCCAGCUAUCGCUAUUUUCGGUUGGAACAAAGCCAUAUCUUGUCCUGUCUAUCGCCCACGCCUUGUACGAUGGAUGGUCCCUCGGCCUCAUUUUUAGAGAACUGAAGAAGGCAUAUGCCGGAAAGUCUCCUUCAACGCCACCCGCAGACAACCUUUUCAGACACAUGUGGGACACUUCGAAGCUUGAUCAUGAGAAAUUCUGGGCCACCUACCUUCGCGAUUCCAUCCCAACAUUUAUCCCAAAACUCGCUUCUAGUGAUGUCCACGAAGCAACGGUUCACAGGGCUGAUAAAGUGUCGAGCAAGGCUUUGUCCAAGAUCCAACGUUUCUGUAAGAAGUCAUCGAUUUCGUUGCAGGUAUUGUGCCAAGCUUCCUGGGCCAUGGUUUUGGCAAUGCUUACGGGUCAGUUGGACGUCUCGUUUGGAGUUGUCACAUCUGGACGCGACUUUGAGGGCGCUGAAGAACUGGUCUUCCCUACUAUGAAUACCGUCGCUGUUCGGUGCAUUCUGCACGGUUCCGCCUCAGAGCUUCUGCAAUAUCUCGAAGAUACCAUGGGGGAUGUUAGAGAACACCAGAUCACCCCCCUGAGAAAGAUCCAGACAGCCGCCAAUGCUACAUCCCGAGGCUUGUUCAAUUCACUAUUCCUUCUCCAGAAGGGUUCCCACGAUGAGGAAUCUCUCCCUCUCCUCAAAUCUGUUCGUGGAAUGUCAGCAAUCGACUACCCAGUCAGCGUCGAGGCAGAAGCGAUAGAUGAUUCUUUGAUGUGGCGAGUGGCUUGUGAUUCCAGAUUCUUAUCACAAAGCGGAACCAGCGAAAUUCUGCGAUCAAUUGAUCAGGUCAUUGGAUUCUACAUGGACUCUCCUGAUGCCGACGUUAUCUCGCUCUCUGGAUCUCAGGUGUCCAUCUGUGGCCUACCGCUUGUGCCUCUAAGCUCAAAUGCUAAUUCUCAAGAGAUGGUGGCACUGGCGAAUGACUACCUGCCUCGACAGUGGACUAAGACGUCGAGUACCAUACGUGACGUUCUCAGCAAAGUUUCCGGGAUCGAAAGCUCAGAGAUACGGCUCGACAAUAAUCUGUACCAUUUGGGUCUCGACUCCAUAAGCGCACUCAAGGUCUCAUCUCUACUUCGCAAGAGAGCCGUUAAUAUCAGUCCCCGGGCUCUCAUUGGAGCGGCAAGCAUCGCCAACAUGGCGGAACUAGCAGACAAGGAGCCCGUGUACCAGUUUUCAAGCCGCGAAACGACCGAUUGGGCACUGCCUGCAUCCAUGAACCUUCCUCAACUUUUGAACGGUCACGGACUCGCUCAGGGUGAUGUAGAUGAUGUUAUUCCAGCCCUUCCCAUGCAGGUCUACAUGCUAGGGGCGUGGGAGAAUGCACACGGGACGGUGUUCUACCCAACCUUCACGCACCUCCUGUCCUUUCCCUGCAGCGAUCGGGAUAUUGAAAAGGCAUGGGAAGCAACAGUAGCCUCAACGCCCAUGCUUCGGACAUCGUUUGUAUACACCAACAACAAGAAUAUUCCGGUCCUCCAAGUGGUUCGCAAGUCGACAUACUCGACCCCCCAGGCCAUGGCCAACCUUACGGCCCUGUGGAACGAGCAGCGAAAUGGGUGGGUGCUGAAACUGCAGAUUCACCACGCCCUGUACGAUGGGUUUAGCCUGCCAGCGAUCAUGCAGAAGCUUGCGCGCAAUGUUGUCGCGGGACACGAAGGCUCAACUAAAGCUAUCUCUGUGUUGCCUCAAUGGUCAGCACUCUGUACAUAUCCUACGACUGAACAAGCCAGAGCUUCCAGAAAGCAAUUCUGGACGCAAUACCUCAGCAGCUGCUCGCCAAAAUUGACGACUGCUGUGCCGAUCAGCUACUCCAUUGAGCGCGUAUCAUAUAUACAGCGAUCGGCAAUUCAGGACGCGUCCGACCUCCGACAAGAUGCUGCCCGGCUCGGCCUCGGUAUACAGACAAUUUUCCUUGCUGCAUAUGCCAAGAUCCUGGCUGCAAGAACGACUAUUCAUGGCACCACUUCUCCGCACACUGUGGUCUUUGGCAUAUAUCUCGCCAACAGGGGUGUGUCAGACAUCAACGAUCGGCAAAUCCCGGAUACGUACCCGCGCCUGAAUCUUGUGCCACUGAAGGUCUAUAUCAAAGACGACCUCAGAGAUAUGGCUGCACAUAUUCAGAAAGAUAUUGGAGAGAUUAGUAUCGAUGGCCGAGCGGACGUUGGCCUCUGGGAGAUUGACGAGUGGACAGGCAUUCAGAUCACGUCGUUUGUCAACUUCUUAUCUGGUCCAAGCUCUGAUGAAGACGAUACCAAACGUCUGAUAACUGAGAUACAAGAACUCGAUGCCCCAUCUUCCGAUGAGAGUUCCCAGCCCCGGGGCGUGUUGCAAAAGGGCAGUAUGUCUGUCAGAGACUCAUUCCCGCCGGCAAUUGAUAUUGAAGCAUCGCUGCACGAGAGUGGCCUAGACAUCGGUGUCUUUGGCCCCGUCAAUGCAAUUGGCAAUAAGGCUGAAGCAGCUAUGCUCGUCCAAGAACUUUGCCGUCUUCUACAAAGUACACGAUAA